CUUAUAGAGAUUAAAUUAAAUCUUUUGCUCAAUUUAGCAGAAAAGGCAAUUAAAAAGUGAAGUCAUGUGAAUUUACCAACUAUAGAAGGAAGAAAAAAUCCAACAAAGGAACUGAACUGAACAAAAAUGGCUGCCAAUUCGAAUUUCACAAAAAACUUCAGCACUUUCUCUAUCCCUCAUUCCUUUCACCCUGGAACUGGAACUCAAAUUAUGGUGCAUUUACAGCGCAUUCCCAAUUCCAAUUGCAGUGUUCCAAGUAUCAGAUUUGGGUCCAGAAUCGAAAACAAUGGACCUCGGAAAAUGGGUCGGGUCCAGAUUCGAGCGAUGUCGGGUUCAUUCGGGUCCCGAUUGGAGGAAAGUGUGAAGAAGACUAUUACGGAAAACCCAGUUGUUGUCUACUCCAAAAGUUGGUGUUCGUAUUCAACUGAGGUGAAAGUUUUGUUCAAGAGACUUGGUGUAGAUCCUCUUGUUAUUGAAUUGGACGAAAUGGGUCCCCAAGGGCCACAACUGCAGAAAGUGCUGGAAAGGCUUACUGGACAGCAUACGGUCCCCAAUGUAUUCAUUGGAGCCAAACACAUUGGUGGUUGUACAGAUACUAUUAAGCUGUAUCGGAAAGGAGAACUUGAAUCUUUGCUAUCGGAAGCUAAAGCUGGAAAAAUAGAGAGCUAGGCCCUCUUGAGCUACCAUGCCAAAACGAUGUAUCACAUGCUCUCCUUGUACGCAUUAUUCUUCCAGACCUCUUUGACAUAUUCAUUAUGUUGUUCCCUUACAAAUAUAUCUUGCUUCUGAUUGUAAACUCAUUGUUGAAGCAGGAAUCUAUGUUGAUAUAACUUCAUUCAUGAGUUUUUAACUGAACCUUCUUCCUUCCUCAAA